AUGCUGUCAGUCUCAUUGCCUUCCCUAAGGUCAUUUCUACCUUUUUCCAGGGAGAAGAAGGUAAUAGACAUACCACCUGUACAGACGCACGAUAUCGAAGCGCCAGAGAAGCCCGCACGGGCAUUGAAGUACCUGCUGAAAUUGAAUCAUGCAAACUAUGCUAUUCUAUACAAUCACCGGGCAUUCCAUAAUCACGCGCCCCAUCUUCUGAGUGGGGCGUUCCUGCAGGGCGCUGACGCAGAUGACCUGACCCGGAUCUAUGAGACGGAGUCCAAGUUAUUGGAUGCAUGGGAAGACUCACCCGCAGAGGUGACUGAUGAAGACUGGAGAAGUCACCUAGGAUGCCGAGAAUAUCAAAAAGCAUUCGUGGACUAUUACGAAGACGAGCUCGUUCGACUCAACUACGAUUGGAAAGAAGUCAUUGACCAAUACCUGUUUUCUGGCGAUAAUCCUCUAUUCAGUUCGAUUCUCGCAGACUUGGGCCACCCUCUCAUCCAUCUCGCUUACGCCUACGAGAUUAAUAGCCGUGAAGUUGCAAUUGAAGCACUUGGAUUGGCGUCAGUCUGCUACAACAGCACGCAUAAGUACUUGGACGACCCAGCCUACUCACAAACAGAGCCGCCAUACCAAACAACGUCUCUCUUCGAGAUUCUCGAUAAAGUCCGAUCUGACAAACAAUUCGACGAUCUUCCCAGUACUCCAGACCACCAUAACCUUCUCAACACCCAUGAGGCAUCAGUACUAAAUCACUGGAAUGCCUGGAAAAUCGAGAACCCAAUUGAACAAUUCCGCGAGAGUCAAGAACUUGCCGCUGCACUUUUCAGUGCAACCCACGGAACUCAGAAGUACGACUUCUUCCUUGUCCACAUCCUAACCACCAGCCACGCAGUCCGCGUCUUACUACCACUGAUCCCGGCGAAAUUCCAGAUCCCACUUCUUCGGCAGUGGUGGUUGAUGACCCUCACCAAUUUCAUCGGUCAACACCGGCCGGAGAUUCAUUUGGACCGUGUCCACGGAUAUGACCUCCAGGGGCGAGACUGGAAGUGGGCUGCUAAUAUGGCGGUCAAGGGUGAAAAUUCGACGGACGUGCAUUACGUUAAAGCUAUUCGAUCGUUGGCACAGAUGGCUACGACUUGGAACGACCACGAAAAUUUCUAUCUGAAGGCAGCUGUUCGGUUCGCAGAUGAUUUUAAUGGGUGGGGCUUUUUCUAA